UCGGCGGCGGCGGCGGCGAUGGCCCUGGAGCGCGGCGGCCGGUCCGUUCCCGCUGGUACCGAAGGUCUUCCCCGGGUGUUCCUGCAGAGCCUGCGGACUCUCUUUGAUAUCCUGGAUGACCGGCGGCGGGGUUACGUGCACCUGCGGGAGAUUGAGUCGCGCUGGCGCGGAGCGGAAGCCCGGGAGCUGCCCCCCGGAGUGAUGGAGGGGUUGCGGCGGGCAGCACCGGCCAGCGGGUACCUCACCUUCGAGCGGUUCGUCCUGGGGCUGCGGGCUGCCCUGACCGGUGCUGACCCCCCGGCAGAAAGUGGCGGCGGGCGGCGGAGCGUGGAGAAGCCGCCGAGCCCGCGGUGCGCCGAGGAGCGGCGCCGGAAGAGCAGCGGGCAGCGGGAACCGGGGCAGAGCCAGCCCCGCGGCCGCGGUGACGAUGCUAAGGCUGCCGGGCAGUCCCAGGGAGAUGGCAGCCGUUCAGGGGCUGGGGACGCUCAGAGGCAUCACAGGGGACGUGCAGGACACCGGAGACACACCAUCGCCAAUGGUGUGGACUUCAGCAUGGGUCUGGAGCUGGUAGAGCGCACCCGGGACUGGUACCACCAGCACAUCCAGUUCAUGCAGGAACGCCAGAGGCUCCUGGGGAAGAACAAAACCAGUGCUGAAUUCCUCCCGGACGGCAGCCAGAGCCACCUGGGGUGCCUGGUCCCCAAGCUGCAGGAGGUGAACCGCUGCCUGGGUGACCUCCUUUCCACUGCCAGCAAGCAAGCAAAGCCCUCCUCAGUUCUGAGCAGGCUGGUCCCUGUGGCAUCCCCAACUCCAUCAGGUUCCCAGCAAGCCAUCAACAUGCUGAAGGAACAAAACCGCCUUCUCACCAAGGAGGUGACCGACAAGAGCGAGCGCAUCACCCAGUUGGAGCAGGAGAAGUCUGCCCUGAUCAAACAGCUCUUUGAGGCUCGUGCCCGCAAUAACCAUGAAACAAGCCAGCUGGACUCUACCUUCAUCUAGUGCCAGUCUUCCUGCUCCCUGUCCUCAAGCUUCCCUGCGGUUUUCAUGGGACUCUUGGCCAAAACCCAGUGCACCCAUCGCUUCAGGUGUCAUAUCUCAAGGUCUGGAGCCACCCGUGGCAUCUCUGCAGGCAGAAGCCAGGAAGGCAUUUCCCUGAUCCCCCCUGGGGAGCAUCCCUGCACUGCUCUGCUGCCGGGCUUUCCAGCUGUGCUGCUCUCAAGCUGCUCCUUUUCUGUCUCUAAACAGACUGCAGAGACUGUACCCCCAGCUCCAUGAUCCCCAGCGUGCUGGGGGAAACAGCUGCUGCCCAUGCUGCCUGCACAAAGGCAACUGGGCAACUGUUGUGCCUUUGGCCUGACUUAGUCCGAAUUUUGGCUGCUCUCAGAAAAAGAUGAUGAUUCUUCAGCACUCCAAAUGGCAUCUCCAGGCAAGCCUGGCUGUUGAAGAGUGGCCUCUCCUCUGCCUUUCUUGCUGUUGGAGGACAAGAUUGAAAUUCCAGUGGGAUGUGCCUGGCCCCUCUGCUGCUGGAGUUCUGCCUGCCAGUGACACUGUACUGGGCCAGGGCAGUGCCUGAGCUGGUGCUCCCCCUGGGGUAAUCCCUCUUUCCAGUUUGCAGUAGUGAUGCCAUAGUCGCUGUUUACAUGUCUGCAGGCUCCUGUAGUUAAUGAGCCAUAGACCCAAACAAGGUAGCCUGUAGCCCUGAGCUGCUGUUUCAGGCUCUUUCCAGAUCGAGGCAGACACCUCUACAUCCCUUUAUUUGGCUUCACCUGGCAAAUGUUUUCUUAUGACUGCCAGGCUUAUAUUUUUUUCAUGAUUUUAAAAGGCAAAAUGAUGUCCUACAGCAUGAGGAUGCUAACAAAAGCCUGAUUUCACAGAGGGGCUUUAGGACAAGGUUUUGUAUUUAGCUGAAUGGGGGUGACAGAGUAGAGACUGAUGGGCUCUUUCAUUUGCACAUCUCCAAAUGGAGAAAUGGCAGCUUUGCCUGUCCUGGUGGUGGAUGCUGGCUCCCUGGCGUGACAUCCUGCAUGAGAACACCCUUCUCCAAGCUUCUAGGGGUGGUGGUGGUCUAGGUGUGGGUCCUGCUAGACUGGUACAUCUCAGAAUACCUCCUCCUUCCCACCCAGCUCAGUGAUGAUGUUUGAGCUGGACAGUGUCUUCCACUGUGACUUGGUACUUGGUAUUAAUGGUACUUUCAUAGGAGAUCCUUGUGAAUCCCCAUGUAGCACAGUCCUGGCUCUCCAUAGCUCCAAGACCAGGACUUUUCUCUCCAGAGUUGUUUCAUGCUCUGAUUUUCCUGGCAUGAUGCCAUGGCACAAUGCACUGAGAUGAGCAGAAGGUGCUAGACGUGCUCUGUCCUUGGCUGGGUACCAGUUUGAGGUUGAUCUUGACCUGAAGGUCACUGCAAGGCAUGAAUGCCUGCUCUACACCUGUGCCUGCUGCCCUGUGCUGGAGCAGGGAUCAGCAGCGUGCCAGGGAGAGGCAGUAGGUGCAAGGCCGUGGUGUCCCCUGUCUGCAGGAAUAGGGUGUUAGUUGUCCCCUGGGCAUUGGUGCCUGCCAUCUCUUUCAGGAUGCCACCUCUGGUGUCCAGUACCUGUUUUGCCCGCGGUUCAAUUAAAAGCAACCCUCUUUAUGAGGAGAGUCGCCUGUCUGUAGAAUAAUAAAAUAGGGUGAACUAUGUCAUUUAUCUUCUCUCUCUGCCUAAAUCAGCCCAUCUGCUGCUGCGAGCCUUGACGUUCCUGACUGUCCUGUCCCACGGGAUGUGGGGUAAGCUGAGGUUGCACAAUCAUGGCUUGAGCAUGAGGAGCCCAGGGGGUGUCCUGUGCCCAUUUUUGUCCCAUCUGGGCUUCCCUGCACUUUGGGGCUGGGGACCCUCCCAAUCUCUCUUUGCUGCUGUGGGACAGGGUCAUGAAGCCACCUGCACCCCUUCCAGUGCUUGUAGCCUCAUCUGGCUGCUCCACCAGAUGUGCUGGGGUCUCGUACCCCUCAGGUGGUGCUGGUGUAGUUCGCAACCUCUUGUUUCUUUUUAAGCUACCUCCCUUGGAGCUGGCCCCUGUGGCUGUGGGCAGCAGUGACUGUGGUGCUCUGCCGUGACUCGCUGCUGCAGGGGCAGCCGGAGGGGACCUGGCUGGCACAGUACACUGUGGUGCACAUCCUGCCCGGUGCCAAGGGUGGCAGCAUCUGCUCACGGUGAACCUGAGGCUCUACCCUGGCCAGAGGCACCUUCCUUCGCCCCUCAGCACAGGCAGGCUGUAGGGUGAGCUGGGACCCCCUGCGCCCCACAGAGCCCCCCAGGGGUGAGCUGUCCGUGCCUCUCCUGCCAGGAGCAGAGCCAGGAGGGUGACCCGAGCCAAGUCCCCCACAGUUGGGAGAGGGAUCUUUGCUGCAGCCUCUUUCAAGUGGUGCUUAGGACAGCCACGAGUCCUAGGCAGGGCAAGAAGGGGGGUGAUAAUUGUCCUCAGUUCCCAUUUCAUGCCUUUGCUUGGAUGCAGAGCCUGUGAGGACCAUUGUCCCUGUUCAAUGCUGCGCCGUGCAGCACCAGGGCAGCUCUCGCCCUGUCCUGGCCCCAGGACUGUUGCUGGGGUGGGUCCUGCUGGAACUGGGUUCCCCUGAGAGCUGCAGGGCUGACCUCAAGCUGCCAGCCCUGGCCUGGACAGGCUGCUUCUGGGUCCCCGAUGGGUCUGACCAGUGCCGCACCCUUCCCUGUGUGUCUGAGCUGUGUCCACUUUGGCACCCUGAACUGUGGGGAUUGCACCACUGCAGCGGUGGUCCUGUUACAAAAUAUUAGGGUUUUGAAAAUUGUGUUUCAUGACUUAACUAGUUAUGCAGGCAGAACGAGUACAGUGAGUAGAGCUAGGCCUUAGCCAUAGGGUGAGCUGUUCCCAUAGGAAAGGAUGUGCAAGAGAAGUUAAGAAGAAAGGGAACAUGAUGUAACAUUUUGCUCAAGAGCCAUAAAACAUUCAGAAUAAUACUGGGAGAGAUGGUUCUAAGAGGAGGAAACAAAAAGAAAGUGUCAUUUAUCAUAUUAGGUUGCUCAUCAGCCCAAAACCCCAAACCAUGGUGACAUAGGAGCCCAGGUAGUCAGUAGUUAGAUUAAGAUAAAUGGCCAAAUGAUUUUGUAACUUUUAUGAAUAUGUAUGGUUCAGAGAAUAAGGAACCAAUAAUACAGUAAUGAUGUAAUGGGAAAGAAUAAUAGUAACCAAUGCAGGUAAAGGGCAGCUAUAAUGAGCAAUUAAAAGCGGACAUUGUAUGCAUGCCUAUUAUACUAAAGGAGAACAAAGAAUGUUGGGGUUUAAGUAUCUGUGGAUUACAAUGUUUUGGCGGACACCUUUGGGAAGGAUCCCAUGUCCCCGGUGCGCAUCGUUAAUAAAAGACAUCUCUGCUUAUCUAA